GCAUUGAAAAUAUAAACAACAAGGUCACGAAUAUUUUUCUGUUUAUUUUGGUUGUAUUUACGAUCGAUUCAUCUACAUUUUUGUGGUGAACAUUUUCUCACUUUCUUCAAUCGGAUACCCUCUCACACAAUUCAUCAAUAAAAUUGAAUUGAACACAAAUCUUUUGCUGUGAAUUCUGUAUUCAUUCAUACAGAAAACAAAAAUGAAGAAAAUAAAAAUGGCCAAAUUAACAACAGUCCGUAUAACAUUGAUUAUGUUACAAUUAACAUCGUUAACUGUUGCAAGCAUUAUCAUUAUAAUCUAUUAUAAUCCAUGGAUUGGUCGUAUUAUUGAAGAAGCAGAACGUUCAGGUAAUACUGGCCGUUCAUUAGCUGAUCAAAUACGUCGUACUGAUAAUGAAGAACUAGUCAUAUUUUUAAUGGCAUCAACAACUAUAUUUGUUUCAUUAUUGGGCAUUAUUGGUGCAUUACGUAAUUAUGAGCAUAAUCAUUGUUUGCUCAAUUUUUAUAUGUCUACUUUGAUUAUAUUUUUAUUCGUUGUAUUUGUUGCAUUAUGUGGUACAAUUUGGGAAGUAUUUGGUAAAUUAAAUCAACGUACAAUUAUAACGACAACAACGAUACCAUCAUCAUCAUCAUCAUCUACUACUACUACUACAACAUCAAUAUCGAUAAUUGAAUCAUUCCAGAAUCGUAAUAAUAAUGAUGAUCAAAAACAGCAAACAACAAUAUCAAAUGGUCCAUUUAUGAAUGAAUUUAAUCAUAUAUUACCUACUAUAGAUUUUAUUGAUGAUUCAAAAAUGAAAAAUUCAAAUCAAAUCAAUGAGAAUGGUCAUAAUAAUAAUAAUAAUAAUGCUCAAAUAAUAUUAACUGCUCAUCAUCAAGUAUCAUGGUGGUAUAUUGGAAAAUCAUUUAUAUUGAUUACAUUCUCUGCAAUACUAUAUGCAACAUCAUUAAAAUUGACAAGAAAAAUUCUUGAAUCAUCUGAUGAUCGUUAUCUAUCGGCAAAUGAAUUUGGUGGCAGCCAUAAUAAUUGUGGUGGUGGUUAUCUUGGUGCAGCAGCUGAUUGUGAUAAUGAUGAUUUGAAUUCAGAAGAUAGUUGUGGUGGUGGUGGUGCAGGAGGUUUUGUUUCUGGUGGUGGUGGUGCUGGUGCUGGUUCAUCUAUUUAUCCAUAUACAACAAAUAAUUCAUUACGUUAUCCAUAUUAUCAUCAUCAACAGCAACAACAAUAUAAUACUACUACUGCUAGUUGUCCACAACAUCAUGGAUCAACAAUUGGAUCAUCAAAAAGUUCAUUAGGAUCACAAUUUCGAACCAUACUUUAAUCUCUUCUUUUUUAAAAAAAUCAAUUAUUGCUCAAUUUUGAAAAAAAAAAAAAAAAAAAAAAAGCUGAACACACUCACAUUUCCGAUCCAAUUUAUUAAUCGACCAAAAAAAAAAAAAAAAAAACAUCAUCAUCAUCAUCAUCAAUUAAUCAUCAUACAAAAAAAAAAUCUCGUCCAUCUAGUCGAAAUUUAUGCAUUUAUUGAUGCAUAUAAUUCCAUUAUAUCUUAUGUAUACAACCAAAUACGCCCACUCGUACACACAGAACCUUGAAUUUUUUUUUGUUGUUCUAAUUCUGUAGAAUAUUUAGAAUUUUUUUUUUGUAAAAUUUAUUCUCUAUUUCGUGUUUGUAUUUGUGUGUUUCAUUUCACAUUUUGACACUACAUACACCACCGCCAUUCUUAAUAUACUCAAGAAAACAAAACAAAAAAAAAAAAAAAUACAAAAAAAAAAAUUCGUGGUCGCUGGGUGUGUGUGUGUGUCUAACUGACCAAAAUUUCGAAUCGUUCAUUUUGCUUAUUCUCAACACUUUUACAUUCAUAUUUUGUUGUCCACGAACAUACAAAACAAAACAAAAAAACGAAAAUCGAAAACUUUGUCUGUUUUAGAUGAAUUUUUUUUUCUACUACUGACUAAAUUCCAGAAUCUUCUUUUGCAA